AUGGACUUUAAAAUAGCAGGCUCAGCUAAUGGAUUCACGGCAAUGCAGCUUGACGUUAAAGUACCAGGUCUAACACGGCAGCAGUUAACGGAAGCAUUCAGUAGCGCCAAGGCAGGAAUUAGCCAUGUCUUGAAUAAAAUGGAGUUCAAAUCUACUGUGCCAGUAAUUGAGCAGAUACGAUUGGAUGCGUACAAAAAACAAGCGUUAUUCCGAACUGGUGGAAUGCAUGCUAAAACCAUUGAAGCUGAAACGGGCACUAAGAUCUCGCAAGAGGACGAGGCUCACAUAAGUCUAUUUGCACCCAACAAGCAACGGCUCGAAGAAGCAAAAGCUCUGUUGAAGAAGUUGUUGUCGGAAACAGAUGAACCUGAAUUUGCGUUUGGCCAAAUGGUUUCGGCUGAAGUUGUUGAGCUGCUUGAGAAAGGAGCAAUGCUUAAACUUGCCGGUGGAGGUCGUCCAGUUUUUGUUCCAAACUCACAACUUCAUUCCAUUCCUAUACGGCACUCCUCGGCUAGCGGACUUCAGGUAUGUACGUACGUACGUCUUGACGUUUUAUUUCGUUUUGGCACCACGAAAUAG